CAGUGGUGCAAUUUGUGCAAACCGUGGACAUGGGUGACAGUGAUGAGUACCUCAACCCUUGGGGCGAGGAUGAUGCGCUCGCUCGCUCCAUGAAGGAGUUUGAGGAGCGGAAGGCAAAGGCAGAGGCAGAGAAGAAGAAGAAAGAGGAGGAGCAGGAACAGGAGCAGCAGGAGCAGGCGAGGAAGAAAGAGAGCGGCAGUGGCGGUGGUGGGGAUGUGGGUGAUGAUUACGUGGAUCCCUACGGCCGCGGGGACGAAUUGGCACAGAUGAUGAAGGCGUUUGAGGCAAGGAAGCAGCAAGCCGAGGCACAGAAACAGGCGCUGGCUGCGCAGCAGGCAAAGGAGAAGGAAGAGAAGGAAGAGAAGGAGGCACAGGACUUCGCGGCAAAGACAACAGAGCCAACAUCACGGCAGAGAAGCGAUGACAGUAGGCGAGCCACGACCAAGGCACGAGACCGCUCCAGCAGCAGAGACCGACACAGACACAGAAGCAGGAGCAGGAGUCCACAUCGGCGCGGGAGUCGACAUCGCGAGUCCAGCAGCAGGCGCAGACGGCACCAUGACAGCCGCAGCCGCAGCCGCAGCCGGAGUCGCAGCCCAAGGAGGAGACGCCGGUAUCGCAGCCGCAGCCGCAGUCCCCGGCGCCGGUACAGCCGCGAUGACCGCCAUCGCAGACACGACGAUCGACGGCGGGACGAGAGGCGUGAGCGGCACCGCGAGCGGGGGCGUCACGAGGACCGAGGACGGGAGCGGCGUAGCAGGUCGAGGGAGCCCACAAAGCACGGCCACAGUGGCAGUGGUGCUGGCAGCGGUGGCGAUGUUGCUGCCACCGACCCCAUGUUCAACCUCUCUGCCCCGCUCGUUGUUGAUCGGUUCCUGGAGGUGUGGACGGCAAACAACAACGCAAACACUCGCGUGAAGGAGCUGCUGGAGCUCUUUGACACAACGUCCUUUGAACUCCGUGGCCUCGUGCGCAGGGAGCGGCUUGUGAGUGGUGCCGAUCUCCAGAACAACUUCAAGAUGACGCGCCCGUGGCCGGCAAAGCCAUGCAAACGCCUCUUUGUCGAGAGCAACCGUCCAACUGACCCAACGUUUGCGCUCGACUUCUACCGCAAGGGGGAGGGCCCGUGUUUUUCGCACAUUGGGUACACCGUCCACCCGCCAACAGUAGACCUCGCUCUCCUCUACCGCGUCCAGAACAACAAAAUCACACAGAUCCACGUCGCUGAGGACAAGGAGGGACUGGUGCUGACAGACGAUGUGGAGGAAGACGACGUCACCGCAUCCGCCAUUGGCAAACAGGCGUUCGACGUGAUGAUCCGGCCUGGCGGGCUCGGCGGCACGAGCAUCAACCGCGUCUUCAACAACUACGACAACAUCCCCGUCAUCGGCUGAUGCAUCGUCGUCGUCGUCGUCGUCGUCAUGGUGGUGGUGGUGGAUGGUAGUUUGCAGUGGUGGUGGUGGUGGUGGCACGUGAGCCACUGUUCUUCAACAUCAAUAUGCACAACUCUUUUUUUGUCUUUGAGAACGCACCAACCCCGCCAAUACAUGAACGCGUAUGCGCUGGAGAAGUUUUAAUCACUGCAUGGAAUGCAA